AUGGACACAACGACUGGAGACAGCCAUGCAUCACUCGUAACACCCGAUUGGACGUUCAAUGUGAUGCUAGACCGAAUUGCAGAAGCCCUCACAGAUAAUGACCUAGAAAGAAUGAAGUCUUAUUGCAAAGGCGGAUAUCUUGGACGAAAAGCAUUAACAGAAGCAAUGACCCCACUUAAGUUCUUUCAGCUACUGAGAGAUAUGGAAGUUUUGAAUUGUAACAAUCUUUUACAUUUGCAAGCGAUGUUAUGGCAUGUAGGGAGAAGAGGUUUGCAUAAAGAUAUAGUUACAUUUGCCAGAAAAUGUCGAAGACAACCGCUGUAUUUCUUCACACCAAAAGGAGAGCCAGUCAAUGGAUAUAAACAUGUGAAGUUCCAUAUUGGGGGUUCCGAGGCCAACAGACGACAAGUAGAUUACCUUAGAGAUUUCGUGGCGGAGUUACUGUGUGUACAAAACGAGGAUGUGAUACUGGUGGGUUUCGAACCUUCAAACAGUAUCGUCAUUACCUUCAUGGUACCAGAAGAGGCUAUAGAAUCGUUAUUUGACCUAGAGCGGGAAGACAAGGGAGUGCUUAAAUCUAUGAAAGUUGACUAUAUAUUCGUCGAUGAAGACGAAAUAUCCUUGAUUGGUGAAAAUAUGCAAAAGCCUACAACAACAGCCCAGAUAGCAGCAAUGUCGAAACUUGUCAAAGAGCGCGAUCAGUAUCGUUCCAAAUUAGAGAAAUCACAGUGUUUACUUCAAAAACGAAACGAAGAGUUGCUUCAGUCACAAAAAAAUGAAAAAAAUAUGCAAGAGAGUAGAGACCAAGCAUUCAUAGCCUUUUUGACCCUCUUGAAUAAACAGCGGCCAUCUACGACGACAGUCGAUUCCCUGGUAUCAAAGAGUUGCAUGGUAUACUUUAGACACAGUCUUCGAACGUUAAGGUCGAAAUUUCCAGAUGAAAUGGAUACUAUUGAAAUACUGCUAGAAGCGAAAGAAUUGCUUGCUUGCAAGGCUGAAAGGGAUGCAUGGAAACAGCAUGCUGAAUCAAUGAGACUUUGGAAUCAACUGGAGACGAAUAGAUUGAAGAUUCAACAUGCAAUGGACAUCACUAAACUCCAGGGCAUACGUUACAAUCAGAAACCCCCAAGACUGCAUAUCAAUGGUAAUGGGAUCCGACAAAGCGGAACAAUCCAACUUGGUGUAACGAUGGUGACACAACAGGUUCAAACAGGAGACAUAUUAAACGAAAUGGCAAUUGUAUCAGCCGCCGAGACUGAAUAUCAUAAUAAAGUAACAAAAGCGUUGGUCGACAUAUCCAAUAUGUUGAAUGCUGCGCAACAAAGAAGCUUGUUACAGCUGUCGGGAAUAAGCGAGUCAGACGCAAAUGUAUAUUUGAAAAACAGUGAACACUUUAUUCACCAUCUUUAUUGUACACAAUCGAAUGGAAAGGCGAUUGAUGAACUGGAGUUUGCUCUGAACACUGUGCGCCAAUUAAACGACACAAAGCUUGACGAAAAGGUUUGCAAAGUAGUGAUGAAUGUUGUGAAAUACCGUGACAGGCAGCACGCUAUGAUACAGUGA